AUGGCUCAAAUUGAUCGAGCUCGAGCAACCCGUAAAAGGCGUGCUGAGAAUGGUGACGACGAUGGAGAACCUGUUUCAAAUACAUGUGUCUCAGUACGCGACUACUAUUGCUACAAGUUUCAAAUGCGGCCAGAGAUAUUUAAUCCUAUACUCUAUGGCCGACGCCUUUUCCAGCAGUUUGCCGUCGACACCUACAUCAAGAUUGAGAGCUCACGUUUAGACUACAUGAGGAACAAUCAGGAUACAUUGAGGGCUGACCUAUACCAAGGCCUCGUGGAUAGCAUGCAUUCGGGUGAAGGGUCUGCUGAGAAUGUUGGACGGCGUACUGUGUUGUCUUCGUCAUUCAUCGGAGGACCCCGUGACAUGAGGCGUCGAUACAUGGAUGCAAUGGCUCUGGUUCGAAAGUAUGGUAAACCUGAUAUCUUUCUCACAAUGACAUGCAACCCUAAUUGGGAUGAGAUCAAGAAUGAACUUUACCCAGGCCAGACACCACAGGACCGCCCAGAUCUCGUCACACGGGUCUUCAGAGCAAAGUUGGAUGCAAUGAGAAAAAUGUUGAUGGAGAAAGACAUACUUGGUAAGGUGAAGGCCUACGUAUAUGUAGUAGAGUUCCAAAAGAGGGGAUUGCCGCAUGCACACUUCUUGCUAAUAAUGGAACGAAAGUACAAGCUCACAUGUCCCGAGCAAUAUGACAUGAUCAUUAGUGCAGAGCUACCAAAUAAGAAAAAAUACCCUGAGCUAUACAAGAUGGUCACGAAGCAUAUGAUGCAUGGUCCUUGUGGGACGCUUAAUCCAUCCUGUCCGUGCACGGCAGGCCGUGGGUCAUGCAAGAACCGUUACCCACGGCCAUUCUGUGAGGCAACAUCACAGGGAAAGGAUUCAUACCCCAUAUAUCGGCGACGCAAUGAUGGUCGCAUGCUAAAAGUUCGAGGCCACUACUUGGACAAUCAAUGGGUUGUGCCUUACAACCCUUGCUUGCUUCGUACCUUCAACUGCCAUAUAAACGUUGAGGCUUGUGGGAGCAUUAAAUCAGUAAAGUAUUUGUUCAAGUACAUAUACAAGGGACAUGAUAGGGCAUCAGUUGUGAUGAGGGAGACCGACAAAGAGGAUGGGAAAGGAAACAUUGAUGAGAUCAAACAGUAUAGAGACGCCUGUUGGGUGACGCCUCCAGAAGCACUAUGGAGGAUAUAUGGCUUUGACUUGAGCAAGAACCAUCCGCCAGUACAGCAGCUGCAACUUCAUCUACCCGACAUGCACAUGGUGGCAUUUCAUAAACGGGACAAGGUCGAAAGGAUCGUUAAUAGGCCUGGUGUAGAAGAGUCAAUGUUGACAGCAUACUUCGAUGCAAACAGGCAUGAUGAGGAAGCUCGCAAAAUCUUAUAUCGAGACUUCCCAGAGUAUUUUACUUGGCAGUCUGAUGGUAAAUUCUGGCAAAAAAGAAAAAACUCUGUUUUCCAAAUUGGUAAAGUCAUCUCGGCCCAUCCUGCCGAGGGUGAACGCUACUUUCUUCGUGUUCUCUUGAACAAUGUUGCUGGUGCUACCUCAUAUGAACACCUCAGGACAGUUGAUGGGGUGCUACUACCUUCGUUUCGUGAAGCUGCAGAAAGGAGGGGUCUAAUCGAAGAGGAUAAUACUCUAGAUGAAUGUCUAACGGAAGCUACUUUGUUCGAGAUGCCUAGCUCUCUAAGAAGGCUAUUUGCAACAAUAUUGGUAUUCUGCGAACCGCAUGAUGUGAUGGGGUUGUGGACAAAACACUACUAUGCAAUGUCAGAGGACUAUAGUCGCAAUAAUCCAUCCUCAGAUCUCGUGCAACAAAUGGUUUUGAUAGACAUUAGAAACAUGUUGCAGUCUAUGGGAAAGGACAUAAGGUCAUUUCCUCUUCCAGAUAUUGAUCACUCAUAUGAUGAUGCCAGCCAUAUACCUCGUGAGAUAUUUGAGGAAGCUAGCGUUGAGCAGAAUCCUCAAGAUGUGCUACUGUGUGACUCACUCAACGCCGAGCAAAAGUCUGCCUACAAUGAGAUAAUGGCAGCUGUCUACAGUAAACAAGGCGGGCUAUUCUUUGUGGAUGGACCUGGUGGGACAGGAAAGACAUUUUUGUAUAGGGCACUGCUCGCAAAACUACGUAGCCAGGAUAAGCUUGCCGUUGCCACAGCUACAUCUGGGGUCGCAGCGGCCAUAAUGCCAGGUGGGAGGACGGCCCACUCGCGUUUCAAGAUACCCCUAACUCUUCAAGAGGGCGGUUGUUGUAGCUUCACGAAACAGAGUGGUACUGCCAAGUUGUUGCAGCAAGCAGCUCUCAUAAUUUGGGACGAGGCAUCGAUGACAAAGAGGCAAAAUUUGGAAGCACUAGACAACAGCCUACGUGAUAUCAUGGGUCGGUCACACCUACCCUUUGGUGGGAAGACUGUUGUCCUUGGUGGGGAUUUCAGACAAGUCCUCCCUGUUGUGCGGAAAGGAUCUAGGGCUCAAAUAGUCGGUGCUUCUCUACGAAGGUCGUAUCUUUGGGAAUCCAUGCGCCACCUAAAGCUUGUUCGCAACAUGAGGGCUCAGAGUGAUCCGUGGUUUGCAGAUUAUUUGUUGCGCAUUGGUGGUGGAACGGAAGAGGUUAACGGAGAUGGCAAUGUUCGUAUUCCAGAUGAGAUCUGUAUCCCGUACUCUGGUGAUGCCGAGAAAGAUCUUCAUAGUCUGAUUGACAGCAUCUUCCCAAAUCUGAAUGCAAACAUGGCGGACAAAGACUACAUCACCACCAGAGCGAUUUUAUCUACACGCAAUGAUUGGGUGGACAUGAUCAAUAUGAAAAUGAUUGAUAUGUUCCAAGGUGGUGAGACGGUGUAUCACAGUUUUGACACCGCGGUAGAUGAUCCACAUAACUACUAUCCAUCGGAAUUUCUUAAUAGCCUGACCCCCAACGGGCUGCCACCACAUGUCUUGAAGCUUGUCAUAUUGCUUAGGAAUAUUGACCCCGCCAAUGGGUUAUGCAAUGGUACAAGGUUGGUGGUACGGGGGUUCCGAAGAAAUACAAUCGACGCUGAAAUCGUUGUCGGGCAGCAUGCUGGGAAGCGGGUAUUCCUUCCUCGAAUACCGUUAUGCCCGUCUGAUGAUGAGAUGUUCCCAUUCCAGUUCAAGAGAAAGCAGUUUCCUAUCAGGCUGAGCUUUGCCAUGACGGUCAACAAGUCACAGGGCCAAACCAUCCCGAAUCUGAUGCAGAGGCACAAGAGGAGGAGGCAAAAAAUAUAG